GGUAACACCUUUACAUCUCCGUGAGCGUUUCAUACGACAACAUCACCGGUCAAGGUGCUGCGCGAAGAAGAUACAAAUCUCUGAAAAUAAUGUCCAAUUUAUUAGUAUUUUGCAUCUGGUAGGACCAACAUCUCGCUGCUUACGUGCAACCGGUCGUUUUUCGUUUCGAGACUUGCGUAUUCAAUGUGCUGAAGCUUAUACCCGCUUGCAAAAAAAAGUGUGAAUGAAAGCUGUUGCGACUGACCACCAUUCAACAGCUCGAGAAGCGUAUAGUAUAGCUGCGGAUGAAAUAACCAAAACAGGAAGCAGACGGAGUAAUUGGAUUAUCUGUUAUCAUCUAAACAAUGCAUAAUUAUGAGAGGAGCCAGUGAGUGUGCAAACGAGUGAUUUAAUUUGACAAUUUGUGAUCGUGCAAAAUAGCUCCAAAGUGAAACAGUGGUAGAUGUGCAAAAUAUUCUGUGACGUCGCACAACGAUUAUAAUAUUGACAAAAUUGAAAUCUCCCAGCUGGUCGGAGCGUGUGCAGAUACGUCAGCAAGAUCUCCCACGGUUUAGGAUGGAUAAUUCAAUCAAGUUUGCGGAGCUUGAGCGGGAAAUCCGUCGUAUAGACGUUGACGCCGAUACCAUCCAAGUGUCGUAUCAUUUGCGGAAUUUCGCUACACUUUUCCAGCGGCAUAUCACCGACGAUGGAACAUUGAGCGACCUGUUCGGCUACCUAAAUCGAAUAGCACUAACCGAUACCAAGUUUGCUAUCAGCAUGGCCGUUAUCUUUGCCUCCCAUCAGUUGGACGACCUAGUGAUAAAGGAAACAAAAUUACGAAACGCCAUGCUCACAAUCCUGCAACAAAACUUCCAGAAUAUCGAAGCACUUAAACGUGACAGCAUCGGAAAAUUUUACAACUCAGUUACGCUGCUGGGUGAAUACUACCAUCGGAAGAAGUUUGCUAAUGGCAAACGGAUACUGAUCCUGGGGCAGAGUUUGCUGCUGCUACUAACAACGGAAUUGGAGAAGGAAAUUAAAAUGUGCGAGGAGAAUGAAUCGCACACAAUUGAUCCGGAGUUUGCCAAAGUGAUACUUUCACAGGUAACGUUGAAUGGGGGAGAAGCUAAGGUGGAGCAUACGCAAGAGAUUGAAGACUUAAACUACUCCAUACGAAAGUGUCUGAUUAACGUUCGUGGGCUGUGUUCUAGAACGAAGGCCUACUUUUUGAUGGCACUGGAUUUGUUCUACACCAACUUCAAUCUCGGAACGAAACUGUUGGAGAAGUUGUAUGGAAAGUAUCUCUUCGAUCCCGAUGAAACUAUUUCAACAAAUCACUCUGAAACUGUUAAAAAGCCUGAUGCGAAGGAAGACCAGACGGGGACUGACAAAUCAUCUAAAAAACCGGAAAUGAACGGAACUGAGUCCAAUAAUGUACCAAACAAAACCACCGAAAAGACUGACAGUGGGAAAAAGAUGCGUGGAAAAUCACUGCCUUCCAAGCCAAGGAAGAAAGAAGACAAAAUUGAAUCACCGAUCGUACCUGUUGCUAAAGCACCUAGCAUAGCACCGAAGAAAUUUAGUAACAUGAACAACCGACCGCCUUUGCACAACACUUCACCCAAAAAAGAUCACCGACCAAAACCUGCAUCCACACAGAAAACCCCACCGCACCGCCGAUCCGCUCCGGAAAAAAUAAAAUCGGCAUCAUACGAUCGCACGCCUCCCAAGACACCCACCAGCACCACCAGUCAAGCUAGAACGAAAACGCCGGACAACCCGACGGUGCUGACGCAGAACUUCAAGGGUCCAACGCGAAACUCUACCAGCCCUGCCAACAAUCCGAGCCCGCAAACCAACAGUGUCAACCGCAAACUGCACGUAUGCACGGUUGCAGCCCAGGAAGACAACGUCGAGAAUCUCGCCUGGGACGAUCUCACGCUGGAGGACGAAUCACCGCAGAAGAUCAAUCCACACACGAAAUCGUUCCUAAACUUUCUGACGCAAAAGUGAGACUGGGUCCCGUUUCGCUCGGCAAACGACACCGAAAGUCAGUGUGGGUAUGGGUGUGCCUUAAAGUAGUAUAACGUUUGCCGUUGCAUUUUAAUUUGUCUGUGUUAAAUGUCGAUUUGUGAUAUUGCACGUUUCAUUUGUAUUGUUAGAAGACGUCUAGGAAGGGUGGAUACAAACAUGACUGUAGGAUGGUAUUUUCUUUCCAGAGAGCAGCUCGUUUGUUUUAAUUGUAAUUGUAGUAUUUUUUAUAUUUCUGAAUGCGUUAAAAAUUGAAUAAAUUUUCUUCAAUUUAAAAUUGAAUUAUUUGCUGCAUUUGUUUCUAGACUUUUAACGCUAAAUGUUACUUAAACUAGAAGAUAUAAUUCGAACCUAGGGUAGGCUAGCUGUUUAGUACGUUUUAUACAAGUUGAGUGGUUGUUCCUGAUAGCUGAUCAUAUCGCCUGCGUCCCGAAUAGACAUAUCAUGAUAGAUCAUUGUGAGCAAACAAUAGUAGGAAAAUAAAAGUUUUUAAAUCAUGCGGUG